CACACACACACACACUGACACUCGCGCGCGGAGUCACUCCCCCUCGCAGCCCUCUCCCCGGGCCCCCUCCCGCCUCCUCCUCGCUCCCUCAGCUGCCAGGAGGCCGGCGGGCGCUCCUUGGCCUGGCCUGGAGCAGCUGGGCGCGCAGGGAGCUGAGGGCGCAGCCUCGCCGCCUCCCCCGACUCCGAGCUGCGCCCCGCCCGCGCCCCCGCCGCCCUCCCGGAGGGAGGGGAGCGCUCCAGGCAGCCGGGGGCCCGCGGGCUCCGCUCCGCGCGGCGCCGGCAGCGGCGGGGGCAGGGAGCGAGCGCGGAGCCCGCGAGGCGGGGAGGAACGCGCUGCCGAGCUGGGGCUUGAGCAGCGGCCGCGGCGGCGGUGGAGGGCGGGCUCAGCGGACAAACGGACGCAGAAAAGAACCAAGAGAGGCGGCUAGCGAGCAAGACUUGGCCGCCCAGGAGGAGCCGCUCUCCGCACUGCUGGGCGCUCGGAGCCUCCUCGGUCCCCGGCUCCGGGCCAUAGUUGCCCUAUGCGCGGGGCCCGGAGCCCGGAGCCCGGGGCUCGCCUCGCCGAAGGGCUGCUGUGAGGAUUACAGGAGAUGAUUCAUUGGAGUCUGUGCCUGGCAUAGACAUGGUGCCUCAGGACACAGUGGUGCAUGAGGUGUCUGUGCUGGUGUCCCAAAGAAAGACUAUUCCUCCAGAGACACCCUUCUUCACUGGAGUUUGGGACAGAACUCCACCAAGCCCAGGUCUGCUUAUAGAUACUUACCAACUCAGAGUCAUAUCCAGAUGUGAGCAGCCCCCCAGCCUCCUACUCACUGGGGCCACUGAACUAACUCCAAGCUGGUGUGCCAGGUGUGGGCACAGGGGCCAGCCCAGGAGCUGGAGUCACCAUGGCGGCGGGAGUGGCAGCCUGGCUGCCUUUCGCACGGGCGGCAGCCAUUGGCUGGAUGCCUGUGGCCAACUGUCCCAUGCCCUUGGCCCCGGCCGACAAGAACAAGCGGCAGGAUGAGCUGAUUGUCCUCAAUGUGAGUGGCCGAAGGUUCCAGACUUGGCGGACCACGCUGGAGCGCUACCCGGACACCUUGCUGGGCAGCACAGAGAAGGAGUUCUUCUUCAACGAGGACACCAAGGAGUACUUCUUUGACCGAGACCCUGAGGUCUUCCGCUGUGUUCUCAACUUCUACCGCACAGGCAAGCUGCACUACCCACGUUACGAGUGCAUCUCGGCCUAUGAUGAUGAGCUGGCCUUCUAUGGCAUCCUCCCAGAGAUCAUCGGGGACUGCUGCUAUGAGGAGUAUAAGGACCGCAAACGGGAGAAUGCCGAGCGCCUCAUGGAUGACAAUGACUCUGAGAACAACCAAGAGUCCAUGCCAUCGCUCAGCUUCCGCCAGACCAUGUGGCGGGCCUUUGAGAACCCGCACACCAGCACCCUGGCCCUGGUGUUCUACUACGUGACGGGCUUCUUCAUCGCUGUGUCUGUCAUCACCAACGUGGUAGAGACGGUGCCGUGUGGCACUGUGCCGGGGAGCAAGGAGCUGCCAUGUGGUGAGCGGUACUCGGUGGCCUUCUUCUGCCUGGACACAGCCUGUGUCAUGAUCUUCACAGUGGAGUACCUGCUGCGGCUCUUCGCAGCCCCCAGCCGCUACCGAUUCAUCCGCAGCGUCAUGAGCAUCAUCGAUGUGGUGGCCAUCAUGCCAUACUACAUCGGCCUGGUCAUGACCAACAAUGAGGAUGUGUCGGGCGCCUUCGUCACGCUCCGGGUCUUCCGUGUCUUCAGGAUCUUCAAAUUCUCUCGCCACUCCCAAGGCUUGCGAAUCCUGGGCUACACUCUCAAGAGCUGUGCCUCAGAACUCGGCUUUCUCCUCUUCUCCCUCACCAUGGCCAUCAUAAUCUUUGCCACUGUGAUGUUUUAUGCCGAAAAAGGCUCCUCAGCCAGCAAGUUCACAAGCAUCCCCGCCUCCUUUUGGUACACCAUUGUCACCAUGACCACCCUGGGCAUGCCUAUUGUUGAGAAGAUGCCUCCAACAAUGCUGCAGAGUCUCACGAAGAACUGCCAGAAGGGCACGUGCUCCUCCAUCACCGUCACCAUGAGAGAACUGAGGUCAUACUUGAUAAAGAUGCUGGAGACACUACGGCUGCCCGCUGUGUGGUUGAUGACACGCUCCCUUUCUGUAACAGAAAACUGAUGGGUGUCUGCUGAAAUUUUAUAUGUGUGUAGUUUUGUUGGCACAACUGUAAAUAAAAUAUUGGAACACCUGGUUGUGAUCUACAGCUAUUUUUUCAGUUCCUUCUAAUGGACUGAUAAUUCUUGGAACAAGCUCUCCAAAAGACAAGUGAUCUAUUCUGUGAGAAAAGAUUCGUGAUUGACAAGUGCCACCAGGUGAGCAUGGCCUCAGGGGUGUGGGAUGGCCUUGCCCACAGUUAUGUGGAAGUUCCCUGUGACUUUGUUGGUGUACAGAUGACCGUGGAUCCUGCAGGUGUCGGGGGCUCUGAUUGGUCAUCCUCCCUAGGUGGCAGUACUGUUGAUGAGCUUUUAAAUGUUCUUCUUGCAGCCUACUCU